AUGUCAUCAACAUCUUCAUCGGAUGAUGAUAACGAUGAAAAUCGUUUUCAUUCGAAUGAUAGUCAAUUAUUAUCGAACCAAAAAAGUUUAAUUUACAAACAUCCAUUAUUUCCUGUACUUGUUUAUGUACUUGAACGAUGUGAACAAGCAACAUUAAAUCCGGCAUUAUUACUGAACAAUGACGAAUCGUAUUCUUCAACAUCGUUUGAACAUAAUUUGAAAAUUUUUCUUUCGAAAAAUCCGGAAAUUUUGACGGCUUCAAAACAAGACAGCGGGGAGACAUCAACAAUUAUCGAUAACUUCUAUAUUGAUGCUAUGCAAGUGCUUCGUAUACACCUACUGGAACUUGAUAAAGUCAAUGAUUUAUGUCGAGACUUCUGUCAACGUUACAAUGCUUGCCUAAAAGUGAAAUUAAACGCGAACAAUAUAUUUACCGAUGACGAAGAAGAAGAUGAGGAGGAAGACGAGGAUAAUGGGGAAGAUGAAGAUUUUGGAUUGAAUAUCAAUGACGAUUAUGAAUCGGAGGAUGACGAUCAAUUCAUGAUCAAUGAUAGAGAUGCUUUGAAGGAUCAACACUGCGGGAAACAAUCUUUGCUGAACAAUAAUUUUAAUUCAAUUUGUCAAUCGUAUACAACGCAAUUCAAUGGUCAAACACCUCUGUCACAAAUCAUAUCAAGUGGCUCAUCACAUGCGCCUGAUCCAUCAUCAACCUUACUUGAUCCUUUGUGUACGAAACGACGGAAACAGUCAGCGAUCGUAUCGUCAUCGUCGUCGUCAGCGGCAUCAAAACGUGGUGUUCUUCCGAAAAGUGCGACGUCCAUCAUGCGUAGUUGGCUGUUUCAGCAUAUCGUUCAUCCGUAUCCAACCGAAGAUGAAAAACGCGCCAUAUCGUCAAAAACCAAUCUGUCUUUGCUUCAAGUGAAUAACUGGUUUAUCAAUGCUCGUCGACGCAUUUUACAACCGAUGCUUGAAGCUUCGAAUCCUGAUCUAGCGGCAAACAAAAAGAAAAAACGUCAUGAUACGACCGUCGAUGAUCACCAUCAUAGUCACGCACGUCAAAUCUCGAAUAUCAAUCGAUAUUGGCCGUCAAAUUUAGCUCAAUUUGAAUCGACACCGAGAGGGCAACGCAAGAAAUAA